AUGCCGACUUAUGUGCGCUUCCUUAAGGACAUUCUCACAAAGAAAAGAAAGCUGGGAGACGAUGAAACUAUGGCAAUGACUAAAGCCUGCAACGCUAUACUCACGAGUAAAAUACCUAUAAAGAUGAAGGAUCUUGGAAGCUUCACCAUACCAAUGUCUAUAGAAGGGCAAAAGAUAGGCCAAGAACUCUGCAAUCUAGAGGCAAGCAUCAACCUUAUGCCGCUAUUAAUUUAUAACAAGCUGAGCAUAGGAGAAGCAAGACCCACAACAGUCACAUUGCAACUAGUAAACCGCUCCAUCACGCAUCCAGAGGAAAAAAUUGAAGACGUUCUGGUACAAGUCGAUAAAUUUAUUUUUCCUGCUGAUUUUAUUAUUCUGGAUUAUGAUGCGAUAAGGAAGUUCCUAUCAUCUAUGAGAGGCCAUUCCUUGCCACUGGAAGAGCACUCGUGGGUGUCCAGAAAGGAGAAUUGA